AUGCUGGAGGUCCCCGCCGACGGGAACGACGAGGAGGAUCAGUGCCCAGUGCAGAGCGUCGGUGCCAGCAGGCUCCGCGCCGCCGUGGGGCGGGCCGAGCUCCCGUGGCCAGGCCGCGAGGCCCCUCGAGAUGUCUUCCGUGACACCCGCCUGAAGUGGGACCUCGGGGGCACCCGGAGAGCGGCGCGGCAGGUCCGCCGGGCCGCGGCGGCCGGGGUGGAGGCGCGGCUGCAGCAGCUGCGCCACCUCGUCGAUGGCGACGCCAGCGCGUCGCGCCCCGGAGGCAGUUCCCGACCGAACACGGGCCAGUCGGGACCUUCCUCGAGCCCCAGGCGGCAGCCGGCACCCGCUCCGGCCACCAGCGGCGCUGGCGGCAGCUCCUGGGCCACGGCGCGCGAGCGGCAGCUGCUGGCUGGCGGCCCGCCGCUGGCACCCUGCGGCCCCGGGCCUGCACGCAGCGGCGGCCCCCUCGCCGGCCGGGGGCAGCGGCGCCGGGCCCGCCCCGCCGCGUGGCGUGUCCGCGGCGGCCGGCUCGGCCUGUGGCCCGAGCGCCUCGCCGGCCGAGCAGGCCAAGGGCGUCAAGGAUCGGGGGACUGUGAGUCGGCCAGCCCGGGCGGCGACGGCGAGCGCGACCGGCAGCGUGGCUCGCAGGCCUCGUCCCAGCGCGCCGCGGCCGCAGGGGCGCUGAGGCCGAGCACGCGCUCCUCCAGGACGAGUGCUGGCACGGACGGUGGCACGGAAGCCGAGCCUUCCGCAUCGUGGAGGCUCAGGUCAAAGUUCGACGGCCUCGUGCGCAAGUCGUCUCGAGACUUGCGUGCCAGCGUCCCAGAACCCGAGAGGUGCUCUCUCGCGUCGUGGGUGAACAGCAGCUACUUCACCGUGACAAUCGCCUGUGUGGUUAUCGCGAGCACCCUGACCAUCGGCAUCGAGGCCCAGCUUUUGUCUUCCCUGUCCCGCGAAGGGUCAAGCUCGGAGAAGGUGUUGAUUGCCAUGGCGACGACGAAUUACGUUAUCACUUUCCUGUUCAUGUUGGAGAUGGCGGCGCGAAUCUACGUGUACAGACUUGACUUCUUCGUCCAUGAGAGAAUGUGGAAUUGCUUUGAUUUUCUCGGAUGA